ACACGGCAGCCACCCUUUUGGUUCUUCGCCCCUGCUACCCCUAGUUUUUCUUCAUUGCUUCCUUAUUUACUUCUUCUUUUCUAACCCCCUCCUCUUUCCUCUUCCUCCUGCCUUCACUUUUCUUCUAACCCUCUUGUUUUUCACACAGUCCUCUCACAGUCCAAGUUCGGGUCUUGUAGGGGUUUACUCAACCCAGUGCUCAAAGGGCCAAAAGCGGUUCACCAUGAACAACCUCUCGUCCUUCACAACUCUCGACUCUAAUCCGCUCUCUAAGCCUCACUCAUUUGGUCCUUACCUCCACGGGCCCAUUCACCUUCAGCGCCCCAGAAAUGUUGUCGUAUGCUCGGUGAAGCCCUCAAUUGCCACUCCCUCACCUCUAAGUGUGUCUGGGUCCCCUAACCAGGGGUUAAGUCGAAUUGAGUCUCUAACCCAGGUCUCGGGUGUGUUGGGCUGCCAGUGGGGAGAUGAAGGAAAAGGCAAACUCGUCGACAUCUUGGCCCAACACUUUGACAUUGUUGCUCGUUGUCAGGGUGGAGCAAAUGCUGGACAUACCAUUUACAAUGCGGAGGGAAAGAAGUUUGCACUUCACCUUGUUCCCUCAGGUAUCCUUAAUGAAGAGACUCUUUGUGUUAUUGGGAAUGGAGUUGUGGUGCAUCUUCCAGGGCUCUUUAAGGAGAUUGAUGGCCUCGAAUCUAAUGGCGUCUCCUGCAAGGGAAGGAUUUUGGUCUCUGAUCGUGCGCACCUCUUAUUUGAUUUCCACCAAGUAGUGGAUGGGCUUCGAGAAUCCGAGCUUGCUAAAUCUUUCAUUGGCACUACCAAGAGAGGUAUUGGACCUUGUUAUUCUAACAAGGUUAUCCGAAAUGGUAUUCGAGUUAGCGACUUGAGGUACAUGGAUACUUUUCCUCAAAAGCUAGAUCUUCUAUUAUCAGAUGCUGCAGCAAGAUUCCGAGGUUUUGACUAUGGGCCCCAUGUGCUCAAAGAAGAAGUUGAAAAGUACAAGCGAUUUGCUGAGAGAUUGGAACCCUUCAUGGCCGAUACUGUGCUUGUCGUGAAUGAAGCCAUCUCUGAGAAGAAAAAGAUUUUGGUCGAAGGGGGCCAGGCAACAAUGUUGGAUAUUGACUUUGGAACUUACCCCUUUGUAACAUCCUCUAGUCCUUCAGCCGGUGGGAUUUGCACUGGCCUUGGCAUUGCUCCCAGAGUUCUAGGUGAUCUGGUUGGAGUGGUGAAAGCAUACACUACAAGAGUUGGUUCUGGUCCUUUUCCCACAGAAAUCUUGGGUAAAGGGGGUGACCUCCUUAGGUUUGCUGGUCAGGAGUUUGGCACAACUACUGGCCGCCCUCGUCGUUGUGGUUGGCUUGAUAUAGCAGCAUUGAGAUACUGCUGUCAGAUUAAUGGUUUUUCUUCUCUCAAUCUCACCAAACUUGAUGUUUUGUCGGAUCUUCCUGAAAUUCAGUUGGGUGUUGCCUACAAAAAAACUGAUGGUACACCAAUCAGAUCAUUCCCUGCAGACCUUCGUGAUCUUGAGCAGUUAAAGGUGGAAUAUGAAGUAUUGCCUGGAUGGAAGUCUGAUAUAUCUUCGGUCAGAAACUAUUCUGACCUUCCAAAGGCAGCACGCCAGUAUGUGGAAAGGAUAGAAGAACUUGCCGGCGUACCCAUCCAUUACAUUGGUGUGGGGCCUGGUCGUGAUGCACUCAUUUACAAAUAAUCAUCACAAUAUUUCUUUCCUUUAGAUUCCAGAUGAUGUUCAAACUACCAGAAGUAAUACGGAACUUCUGGUGCUGGAAGGAUUCCCCUCUAUGUUGGGAGAUUUGUUUUUUGGGAUGGAAGUAAUUUUUCAAGGUUAUGAACUUGAUGCAACGCGUUCUCCACCCAAUGGGGCCACAUGAAUUCUAUGCUCUGUUUAGGUGUUGGGAGAAUUUUGUUUCAGUAACAUUACUUGUUGUAAUGCAUGCAUUGCUAGGAUAGCAAGUUGGCAACAAUUUGAAGUUGAGAGAAUAAUGUGGUUCAUGUUUGUAGUUUACACAUUAUUUGAUAGCAGGUAGCAUCUACUGCCUGGCCUGAUCUCUUUAGUGGGAAUAUAUUUGCUCUUUUGAUC